GUGGGAUGAGCGGAGAGCCGGAGAGAUUCCAGUAGUAGAGAUUGUUAGAGAUAAACUCCUCUUUCUCAUUGUAGCGCUCUCUGUGUAAUGUUGCUUCCUUUUUAUCACCACCACUCUUCAUUCUCUUUAAGAACCCUAGAUUCAGCACCACUGUUCUUACCUUCACCAUCUUGUAGAACUUUAUUCUUCCGAAACACUAAAACUCCCCAAUGGAUCAUUCGAAGCUCUACAGUCGAUGCCGAGACCGUAAGCAAGUCUGCCAUCCAAAGAAUUGCAGAGAAGCUCCGUAGUCUUGGUUACUUGGAGGAGAAUUCGAAAGAAAUCGAACAGCCUGAUACUGGCCAUGGCUCCGCUGGUGAGAUCUUCAUCCCUUCAACUCACCAACUGUCCAAAUACAGAAUCGGCCACACGCUUGAUUCGAGCUGGAGUACUCCAGAGAACCCGGUACCCAAGUCGGGGUCAGGAGCAGCAAUUUCGAGAUUUUACGAGUUGAAGAGUGAGGUAAAGAAGCAAAAGAAGUCGGUUACGAAAGAGGAGAGAGCACCUACGUUAGCGGAACUUACGAUUCCAAUGCAAGAGCUGAAGAGGCUUAGAACCAUUGGGAUUGCUUUGAAGAAGAAAUUGAAGGUUGGGAAGGCGGGAAUCACGGAAGGCAUUGUUAAUGGAAUUCACGACCGAUGGAGGCAGUCUGAGCUCGUCAAGAUCAAAUGCGAGGAUAUAUGCAAGACGAACAUGAUGAGGACUCAUAAAAUCCUGGAGAGAAAAACAGGAGGGAUAGUUAUAUGGAGGUCUGGAAGUUCCAUUAUCUUAUAUAGAGGGGUUGACUAUGAAUAUCCGUACUUCUUAUCCGACUUCAAUUCCAGCAGUGAAACUCCUCAAAAUAAGGUGUCUUCAGAAUCAAGCUUGAAUUCUGAUGUUGAUGGUGGAAAAGCUACCAGAUCACUGUACACUGCUGGUGCAAACUCUACGCCACCAGUCCCUUGCAAUUGGAUUUAUCGUUCACCAUUGGUACAUGGAGUUGGUUCUCCAGAUAAAGUACGAUUCCAACUGCCAGGUGAGAUGGAACUUGCAGAAGUAGCUGACCGUGUAUUGGAUGGGCUAGGUCCACGUUUUACUGAUUGGUGGGGAUGCGAUCCUAUGCCGGUGGAUGCUGACCUUUUACCAGCUAUUGUUCCUGCAUACCGGAGACCAUUCCGUCUUCUCCCAUAUGGAAUAAAGCCUAUACUAACCAAUGAUGAAAUGACCAUCUUAAGGAGACUCAGUCGGCCCUUGCCAUGCCAUUUUGCUUUAGGGAGAAAUAGAAAUCUGCAAGGACUGGCAGAGUCCAUGGUUAAGCUCUGGGAAAAAUGUGAGAUCGCAAAAAUUGCAGUUAAGAGAGGAGUCCAAAAUACUAACAGUGAAAUGAUGGCUGAAGAGUUAAAGCGAUUGACUGGAGGAAUGCUCCUUUCAAGGGAUAGGGAAUAUAUUGUUUUUUACAGAGGAAAGGAUUUCUUGCCAGUGGGAGUUUCUUCUGCAUUAAAUGAGAGGAGGAAGCAUAGAAUAGGCAAAGAGAAUAUGGAUAUUAGUUCAUCAAUUGGCACUAUGUCUGAACCUGUUGAAAAGACUAAGGGAUCUCUUUCUGUAGAUGGAAUUGAAGAAACAAAUGACAAAAGGGAAAUGAAAGUUCUCUCUAAAGCACGUGAAGUGAGGUCAACAAAGUCAGCUAUUGAAGUCAUUAGCAACAAGCUGUCUAUGGCAUUAGAAAAGAAGGCAAAAGCAGAGAAGCUUCUAGAAGACCUAGAGAAAGCAGCUGAGCACCAGAAACCAGAAUUAGACAAAGAAGGUAUCGCUGAAGAAGAAAGAUACAUGCUAAGGAAGGUUGGCCUGAAAAUGAAGCCUUUCUUACUGUUGGGCAGACGGGGAGUUUUUGAUGGGACUAUCGAGAACAUGCAUCUUCAUUGGAAAUAUAGGGAACUUGUGAAGAUAAUUUCUAAUUACCGGAGCAUAGAAGAUGUUCGUGCAGUGGCCAGGACUUUAGAGGCUGAAAGUGGGGGGAUAUUGGUGGCAGUGGAGAGAGUGAGCAAGGGCUAUGCGAUCAUUGUUUAUCGUGGGAAGAAUUAUGAACGCCCUGCUGAAUUGAGACCUCGGACCCUCUUAAAUAAGCGAGAAGCAAUGAAGAGAUCGUUGGAGGCACAACGUCGUGAGUCUUUGAAGCUCCACGUCUUGAAGCUUACCAGAAACAUAGAGCAAUUGAAACUUAAAUUGAUGUCAAAUUCCAAGUCUGAAUCACAUAAUCUAAGCGGGCCAAUGGAAUCUUUUCAUGUGCGGAAUUCUGAAGAGCCAAAAGAAGAACAGGGAGCUGAUUCAACUUCAAUGCCUAUGAAUAAUUUGAUGGAUGCUCCAAGCAAUAGUGUUGACGAGUCUAAAAUGGUAUCUUCAUCUGAAGCAGUUUCCAUUGAUGGAACCCUCUCUUGUAACUCUUUGGCUGAGGUAGUAGAUAGAGCAGACAGAGAACCUUCUCUGUACUCUGAACCUACCUCUUGUUCUGAGAAUUCACAGUCGCAAGGUAUGAUGACGUAUUCUGCCAAUGAUAAUGUUACUAUUCAUGCCUCUGACAAUGAGAUGAAAAAGUCAUCAGUCGAAUGUGCCAAAAACAAUAUCAGGUUAUCCUUUCAAAGAGGAGAAGCGAAACUUGAUGGUGAGGUUUUCUUCAGAGCCGCACCUCUUUCCAACAAAGAUAGACUUCUUUUGCGAAAACAAGCCCUCAAAAUGAAAAGGCGUCCAGUGCUUGCUGUUGGUAGGAACAAUGUUGUAACAGGUGUUGCAAAAGCAAUAAGGACGCAUUUCCGAAAGAACCGCCUUGCUAUAGUCAACAUCAAAAGCAGAGCCAAGGGAACUUCAAUCCAGGAGGUGGUCUUCAUGCUGGAGCAAGCAACUGGUGCAGUUUUAGUCUCUCAGGAGCCCAGCAAAGUGAUACUCUACAGGGGUUGGGAUGAUGGGGAAGAACCUGGUGGUGAUAAACGAUCUUCAAGUACUACUUCACCAUGCAAAGAAAGGACCACCGAGGUGGUUCCGCCCCAGCUCAUGGCAGCCAUUAGACUUGAAUGUGGAUUGCAGAGUAACCAAGCAGAGUAAUAUUGUUGGGCGAUAGUAGUUUUUGAAAUGGAGAUGAAGGCCUGGACUA